ACAGUGCAGUGCAUGCUGAGCUAGCUAGCCGGACUCUGCGAGCAUCAAUCCUGUUUUGGUCGAUCGCAAACGGCACUGUUGUCUUAAUUUGUUGAAACUACACAUUUCUUGCCCCUUUUGUAUGUCCUCUAUGUAGAUGUGAAAGAUGAGUGCUGGAAGUAGCAGAUUAUCUGUAGCCUCACAGUUUUUCAUGGACGAUGAUGGAGCAGAUGGCCAAAGCAUUUCUGAUCGGGUAGUUGACUUGCUGCAACAAACCCACUCUUUACCAAGGGAUUCUCAAAAGAUUAGCAACCUAAGCCAUGUCCAGGAACUCAUUAUCGAGAAGGAUCCAUCUCUACUUGACAAUUUCCUUGAUGAAGUUCUUCAGUUCCAGUUUGAUGAGUCAGUGGAAGUAAGGAACUUUGUCCUCAGCUUUGCAGAAUGUGCCUGCAAGAAAGACAACCAGAUGUUGUGCACAGUGUUGCCUCGUCUUCAUAUGAUGCUAACAGAAGAAAACCAGCCUGCAGCAGUACUCAAGAGGGUCAUCUUGUGUACCUCACAACUAUACAGAGUUACCAUUAAAUGGCUGGCUGGUGUGAAAGUGUUACAGGAGGACAUGGAGGCUGGCUGGGCAGCUCUGAUGUUAAUGAAGAAGAAGAUUGUGUCUGAGCUUUUAGAUGAUGAUAAUGAUGGGGUACGAACGUAUGCCAUCAAAUUUGCGGAAAUGGUUGUCAUCACGUUGUCUGCCAAGUCAUCUGAUUCAGUAGUACCGAAGAGAGCUGAGCAAGAUAUCACAUUGGAUCAGUUCCCAGAUGGUAAUUCUCUUCUUCACAAGAAGAAGCUUCAGCAUGAAGGAACGCAAUCCUUGGAUUCACUGCUGAGUAUCUUGGUGUCUGCAAGUAUAUCCAGCAUUAAUCUGAUGGUGUGUAUGGGAGCACUGACAUCUAUUGCUAAACAGAGACCAGACUUCAUGCCUAAAGUCAUCCAGGCAUUUGAGAAUCUACACGUGAACCUUCCUCCGACCUUGUCAAAGUCACAAGUAAGCAGUGUCCGGAAAACACUUAAGAUCCAGCUAUUUGGUCUUCUAAGGCACCAGUCGUCUGUUGAUCUCAGACGUAACAUUGGAACACUCCUCACUGACUUGGGAGCAUCUGAAACAGAGAUAAUGCGAAACACACCCAGGGUUUCAGAAAGACCAAAGCGGCCACGCAUAGAGGCAGACAGUGAUCAGAGCAAAAGGAAAAAGCAGAAGGUACUUGAUGAUGAUGAAGAAGAUGAAGCAGCAGACAAGAAGAAAGAUGAACCAGGACCAAGCAAAAGGGUUACCAAGGCAACCGUGAUUGAUCUCUUAGCAGAUGAGAUUGAACCUUUGCUCCGUAACCAUGAGAAUGUGGCAAACCUGGUUCUCUUGAGUAUGGUUUCCUUACCAGAGACAAUGCCAGCCACAUUCCUGGCUACUUACACACCCAUUGCUGCAGCGGGUACAGAUACUCAAGUCCAACAUUUAGCUAGGAUGGUGAGCAAUCAGCUGGCUGCUGCUGGUAUCAAACCUAGCAAUUAUGAGAAUGUGGAAGUAGAAGAAGAGCAAGAACCACCAGAGAAGAUGGAAGAAGAAGAUUUCACUACCAAAGGCAUUCCUGUUCUCGGAGGAAAAAGUGCGCCCCCUACUGAUGAAUCAAAGAAGAAAGCCCCCAUCGUGAUGGAGCCCCAACCUACCAAAGGGGGGAAGCGACCCAAGCAUUUCAAACUUCGAGAGGUCACCCAUCUCUUGUCUAAAGAUGAUGCCAACAAGCUAGCCCAUGGAGCUGUCAAGAGGAUAAUUGCUGCAGAAAAAGCUGUAAGCCACGGGCCUGCAGCAAAAACAAGAACCAAGAUUCUCUCUGCUCUUGUCACACAGUUUGGAGGAAACCUGUCUGAUUUGCUGGAGAACCACAUCUUGGAGGAUCUGCGGAGCCGCAGUGACAUAGCUUUGGCAUGGCUCUACCAGGAGUAUUCUAACAUCCAGGGCUACAUGCCUCAUACCCACGGCCAAGAUGUAACCACACAGCGAUACGAUAGCCUUCUAUGUAACCUUCUCAAGAGUUUGCUCGUGAGGACAGAUCAGAGAGAUGGGUUGUUCAACAGGCUUGUCAUGGAGGCACCUGUCAUUACAGAUGAUGCUCUUAAAGUCAUUAGACAGUUCUGCGAAGAUGAGACUCAUUUUUAUGCUGGUAUGCAUGCCCUUCGAGAGCUGAUUCUGAAGAAACCAGCUGAUUUGGAGAAGUAUGUGAAAGAGCUACUUGACCUGACCCAGCAUGAGAGAACAGAGGUCAGGUCACAGGCCAUACAGUACAUCAAGAGAUUCUAUGAAAGAUCUGAUCUCAAGCCACUUAUUGAGGAGUUUGCUACCUCAUUCCUGCGUAAGCUUCUGCUGAAUAGACCACCGGCGACCCUCGUGUUGCGUUUAGCCGAUCAGGAGAUGCAGGCUACGGCUGCGAAAGCCUGGACGGAAGAGACUGCCAAGAUGUGUCUCUAUCUCUACCUAGCUCUCCUACCAAUCAAUCAUAAACUCAUUCAUGAAUUAGCCAAUGUGUAUGUAGAAGCCACAGCAGAUAUCAAGAGAACAGUACUCAGAGUCUUAGAGACACCGGUUCGAGGUGUUGGUAUGGUAUCUCCAGAGCUACUGCUCCUGGUGGAGACAUGUCCUAAAGGAGCUGAGACACUCGUCACCAGAAUGAUGCAUAUUCUUACAGACAAGACUCCACCAUCUGUUGAACUGGUGAAGCGAGUGAAAGAUUUAUAUCACAAGAGAGUAUCAGAUGUGAGGUUCCUUAUUCCUAUCCUAACUGGGCUUGAAAAGAAAGAUGUGAUAUCUGCCAUGCCCAAGUUGAUACGUCUAAACCCCAUCGUAGUGAAGGAGGUGUUCCAUCGUCUUCUCAUGAGUCAUCAGGCAGAAAGCAGUGGAGGUCAAAGCCCUUUGACACCAGCAGAGCUUCUCGUUGCUCUUCAUAACAUUGAUCCGACAAAGUGUGAUAUGAAAUCCAUCAUCAAAGCAACUAGCCUUUGUUUCAGUGAGAAAGCUAUCUACACCGGGGAGGUGUUAGCAGUGGUGAUGCAGCAGCUGAUGGAGCAGACACCUCUCCCAACCCUCCUCCUUAGGACCAUCAUCCAGUCUCUCUCCAUGUAUCCUAAGCUCAAAGGAUUCAUCAUGAACCUUCUCCUAAGACUGAUCAACAAACAGGUCUGGAAGACACCUAAGCUGUGGGAGGGAUUCGUCAAGUGCUGCGAGCGAACCAUACCUCAGUCUUUCCAAGUACUUCUACAGCUACCCCCUCCUCAGCUGACUGAAGUGUUUGAGAUGAGCAAGGAUAUGAGAUUGAAGCUUUUAUCUCAUGUACAGGAAUUCUCUUCUCAUCAGCAAGCACAUGUACCCAAGGCAAUCAUGAAAGUGCUGGAAACAGAUCCAGUAAAGGAGAGAGAGGAGCGUGAGAGGAAGGAGGCAGAAGAGAGGAAGAAAAAGGAAGAAGAAGAAAGAGUUGCUAGAGAGAAGGCAGAAGAAGAGAGACUAAAGCAAGAAAAGUUAAAGAAGGAAAAAGAAGAAAUACUGGCUGCAGUAUCAGAGCAAAUUAAGAAGGAGGAAGCAGAGAAACGUGAAGCAGAAGAGCGAGAGAGAGUGGCUUCUGCUGAAGCAGCAGCUGCUGAACAGGCUAUCAAGAGCGAAGAGACGGUGGAGAAAACAAGCGAAGAUAUGGAGCAGAAAACAAGUGAAGAGAUGGAGACAGAAGAACAACCUGAAGAUGAGGGUACGCCAACUAAAGAUGAAGAAGAGGAGGAGAAAGCAAAGGAAGCAGAUGCCACACCUAUUAAAGCAGGUAAAGGAAGGGGGCGAGGAAGGGGUGCUAAGGCGGCAGCGGCACCGCCUCAACCGCCUGCAGCAGGUGUACGUCGUAGCUCAAGGAGGAAGUAGGGUCCUUUGAUGUAGAUGGAUCCUCAACUUGGCUUGUUACUUCCAAGAUGGUUUUUAAUAAUAAUGUCCAAAGAGCAACUACAGGAACUUUAAAUUCAAUCAUUUCCUUUGUACAUUUAAAACCUGCUUUAGCAAUUAUCUGUAUAGAAAUACCACCUGUCUAUAUAGACCACACCUUCUGUUUCGCUUGAAUAGCAUUUCCCAUUAAAACAUGUACUGUAAAAGAAACAUGUACUUCAUGAUCACCUGCCAAGACUGCUUUUGUUGUCUCCUUUGAGCAGUCUUUAAAUACAGGAUUCACCACUGUAUAAUGUUGUAUACAUGACCAUGUUGGACACAUUCCAGGAGUCUGGAAAGGAGGAUCUCAGGACUGUAUUAUUCAGUCUGCAGGAUUAUGUCCCAUACCAAAUACGAUGAGUGUGGAAAUUUAAAUAUUGUACUAUUAUUUGAUUUUUGCCCCCAAAGAGGAGUCUCCUUCAUGUUAUAUAUUUUGAUGAAGGUUGUUGUAGAAGAUGGGAAAAAUUAAAUGCAUUUUCAAUAAUUCUUAAAAUUCAUGAGUAUGCUAUUUUUUUCUGAUUUUGGUUUAUUAAUUACUGGUAAAUCUUUUGAGGCAUUUAUUUACUACUUUAAUCAAGUUUUGAAAAGCUCUGAGUUAACCAUGUUAAUAUAGUCUGAAAAUAAAGGAUCAAAACAAAUUUGACUGCCGAAAUAAAUUUCUGCCAGAUGGUUAUCCCUUCUUAUUAUAUUUCAUUUAUAUAAAAAGUUAUGAAGCAACAGAUUGCUGGUUUGUGAGAUUGUAUAUUCAUAUCAGCAGGUCUUACUUAGCAUUUUGUUAUGUAUGCCUAAUUAUUUUGGGAGGGGUUAAAUUUCUCUACAUAGUAACAAAAAAUUGCUUUUGAUUUCCAUGGCAUCAUAAAUCACAUUGUAUUGCUUGAUAUGCAAGAUUUUCAGUCAGAUUUGACAUACCUUUUUAGUGUAUGUUGCAUAUAUAUUGUGGUCUCCUGCCAAUUGUUUCCUCUCUCAAUUUUUUUUCUUCUUCAAGGUUGUAGUUUUUAUUUGUUUUAAAUUUCCCCCCUCACAUGUUAUCAGGUACCAUUUCAUUGGCACAAGGAGCAUUUUGAUGUCUGAUAACUUAUUAUCCCUUUGUCAAAAUAUCACUAUGUAAGAUAAUGUACAUUUACAAUUCAAUAAAAUGAAAUAUUGAACCGUGUCAAGUA